CCGCACCUGCAAACUUCUCGUCUCGAUGUUCCGAUUAUACCCUAAUAGCUCUCUACCCUCUCUCAGGCCUCUCGUUUUCCUCCCUCGCCUUCCUUCUCGCUCCCUCCGUUGCCGCGCCACCGCUGAUAUCCCCCUCGGCGACGGAAUCCGGAUAACCCGGGAAGCGGAUUCCGCCUCUGACUCGGCGCGGUCUCGAGAUGUCUCCGUCUCCGCCGGCGGGAAUGGUGAAGCGGGUAAGUGGAGGAAGAGGAGAUUGCUCUGGUCGAAAAGUGGGGAGAGUUACUUGGUAGACGACGGCGACGCGCUUCCUCUCCCUAUGACUUAUCCCGAUACAUCCCCUGUGUCGCCUGAUGAGAUUGACCGGAGAUUGCAAUGUGAUCCUAUAGUCGAGGAUUGCCGGGAAGUGGUUUAUGAAUGGACUGGAAAGUGUAGAAGUUGCCAAGGAUCUGGAUCUGUUAGCUAUUACAAGAAAAGGGGUAAAGAGGUUAUAUGCAAAUGCAUACCCUGCCAAGGGAUUGGGUAUGUGCAGAAGAUAACAUCUCGAAAGGACAUUGAUGUGAUGGAAGAUUUGGAUAAUGAAACAUCUUGACCUUGAAUUAACUCAACCAGGCCCAUUUAUGCAUGUGUAUGUAUGCACUUGGAUUCGUUGCAUGUAAAAACCAACAACCAGAAGAGAGAUAGCUACUUCUUUCGGAUGUUUGGCCCAAACAAGGUAUAGACAGAAACUACUGAUUCUUGCUCAGAUAAUGGCUUCUUCUUUCACCAAUACUCCCAAAUAGGAAAUUACUGUUUUAUAUGUAUCAGAUCUUGAGCCACCACAAACUGCAGGAAUUCUUUUUUGUGUUUAGAUUGUAUCAAUUUUCCACACAGAGAAAAAUAAAGUGGUAACACG